AUGCCUUACUGGUACUAUGACAAAAAGGAUCUACAAAGCACGCCGUCGUUCCGGGAUGGUAUAUCCAAUGAAACCGAGAAUCGGUAUAGAAAGGAAGGUGCCAGGUUCAUCAUCGAUACUGGCUCGAAGAUGGACUUAGGUUAUAACACUGUUGCGACUGGUGUUGUUUAUUUUCAUCGUUUUUACAUGUUCCACUCGUUCAAAACAUUCCCGAGGUACAUAACUGCAUGUUGUUGCCUGUUCUUGGCCGGUAAAGUUGAGGAGACGCCGAAAAAGUGCAAAGAUAUAAUAAAAGUUGCCAAGUCGUUAUUAACGGAGCACAAAUUUGCAACUUUUGGUGAUGAUCCUAAAGAAGAAGUGAUGACUUUGGAGCGCAUCUUGCUGCAGACGAUCAAAUUCGACCUCCAGGUCGAACACCCAUACGGCUACCUGUUGAAGUACGCCAAGUGUCUGAAAGGAGACAAGGGCAAGUUACAGAAGAUGGUGCAAAUGGCAUGGACGUUUGUGAACGACAGUUUAUGCACAACGCUGUGCCUCCAAUGGGAGCCAGAAGUAAUAGCAGUAGCACUCAUGUUCCUUGCGGGUAAGCUCAGCAAGUUUGAGGUGAUGGACUGGAACGGAAGAGUGCCUAGACAUAAUGCCUGGUGGGACAUGUUUGUUGAAGACAUCACUAUGGAGUUGCUUGAGGAUAUCUGUCAUCAGGUACUAGAUCUCUACUCACCACAGCCUCAAUCUUCCGGUAGCGAUUCCCCACCGCUACAAACACCGAACAAGCAGCCAAAAAACGAGAAGAAACCCCUCUGCGUUACACCGCCAACUUCAGUAUCACCUGUCGCCGUUACCACUAAACCAGUCGUCACUCCCAUCAAGAACGGCUCCGAGGUCAAAAUAGAACCACCAAAGAUGGAACCGCUGCGGUACAGCUAUCCACCGUACCCUGGCCUGUACCCGCCGGUGUAUACGGCACCGCCUCCUACAAUACCACCUCCACCAAGGUUACCUAUAACGUCAGGGCCACCUCCCGGUUUAGUCUAUACAGAGCCCCCGCCAGCACCAGCCGCAAGAUUUCCUCCCGUCAAUGUUCCCCCUCCAAACUACUUCCCCCCACUCCCAGGUAGAGGACCGCCGCCCCCGGGGCCUCCGCCCCGGCCUUACUAUCCGCCACCGUAA